AUGGCUAAUGCUAAUGAUCCUGCAGCCACUAAAGAAUUAUUGACCAAUAGUAAUCGUAAUAAGUAUGUAAAAAUAGCGCGAAAUAUGCCAUGCACUGAGAGUUCCUCGAAUCCUUUGCAAGAACGUUGUUUGUGUUCUGGAUGGAGGCCAAAAUCUAUUAAUACAACUUAUUUAGAAUGGUGCAUUUGUGGACAUAAAAUAAGUAAGCACGCAAUCAUCAGAGAGUUACAGAUAGAAGAGAUACAUAAACUUUGGGACAUCACCGUCCAAAUUGAUGAACACUUGGAGAAACAAGGAAAGUUAAUGGAUUUUGAAUAUGAAGAUGCUUAUGUGCAUGAUUUAAGAAAGAAAAUAGUUUCAAUUAUUAAUCUUAACUUAAAAUUGAGUCGAAAAAAACCGAUGGACAAGGAAAUGAGGAAUGAAAACACAGCUCAUUUGGAAGAGCAGCAAUACGGUACUAGAUUGCGUCUUCUUAACAAUGAUGGUUCUCAUGAUAAUUUAAUAUUAUUGACCGGAAUAAAAGAAUUGUUUGCAACUGCGCUACCACACAUGCCGGCACAAUACAUUGCUCGGGUCGUCUAUGACCGUAAUCAUUAUAGUUUGGCGAUAGUGAGGGAUCCUAUAAAAGUUGUAGGAGGAAUUUGCUAUCGGCCUUUUUUGGAAAAGUCAUUUAUCGAAAUUGUAUUUUUCGCGGUAGAUAGUGAUCAACAAGUAAAAGGAUAUGGCACAAAAUUGAUGAAUUACUUUAAGGACUAUAUAAAAGAUACGUUUAAUAUUACACAAUUCUUAGUCUAUGCAGAUGAUUUUGCUAUUGGUUUUUUCCGAAAAAACGGAUUUACUGACGAAAUCACGUUAGAUCAAGAUAUAUGGGGCGGACACUUGAAGGAUUAUACAGGAGCGACUCUCAUGCAGCCUCCAAUUAUUUAUCGUGGCUUGGAAUGUUUUAAAAAUGGUGUCAAGUCUGUAGAUCCGAUGUCAGUGCCGGGAAUUAGAAUAUCUGGAUGGACACCACAAUUAGAAAAACAGGCGAAAGACAUUAAGAAUAUGUCACAUUAUCUUGUUAUGAAAGAAAUAUUAAAUCGAUUAAAAAGCCAUCCAUCAUCAUUACCAUUUCAUGAACCUGUAAACGGAGAUGAUGUUCCUGACUACUAUGAUAUAAUCAAGGAUCCUAUGGACCUUUCAACCGUUUUGAAACGUAUGGAAAAUAACAGGUAUCGGUCACUUUUAGAAUUUGCAAUUGACAUGCAAAAAAUCUGGAACAAUGCCAAGAUUUAUAACAAAUCAGAUACUAUUUUCUAUAAGUCUGCUGUUGAACUUGAGGGAAUUUUUCGCGAAGCUAUGUUUCUCAAAGGCGAUGAAUCAGAAAGUUUUCCUUUAGAAAGUACACAAUUUUCAAUGUCUGAACCGGCGACGUCCUCAAAUAGCGAUUCUUCCAACUUUAGUGGUGAAUGUGGCAAAGUUAGAAUAUUCAUUCGUUCGCCUACUACCUCGUUACCCGAUGACUUUUCCAUAUUAACUAGCCUUGACUCGUCGGUUCUUACUUUGAAACGAACCAUCUUCGAGACUCAUCCUACUAAACCAAAUGUUCGAGACCAAAGGUUGAUCUACAGAGGAAGGGUGCUAAGUGAUUCUGACACUAUCAUAAACGUUUUACGAAGUGAGCUUGCAACAGACCAAAUUUUUCAUUUGGUUGUCAAGCCUUCGUUUCAGACGUCCGCUGAAACCACCGGGAUACCUGUAUCUCGCCCGACAUCUACAACCAAUGCACGAAUAGCCACACCUUUAACAGAUCAAAAUUUUGGUACUACAGGCUUAACUGAAUUUGCCCAGCAGCCUCCAAAUCUUAACAUGCCAUAUUUUGUUCCACCUUCAGAACAUGCACAUACAUACUUACAACAGCAGUAUUCCAUUAAUCCACAACAGCAGAAUGACAUUCCCGUAAAUCAAAGUCUCUAUCCAAUAGGACUACCUUUGCAAUAUUAUUACGUUAUGAUAAAUGGAAUGCCUUACAUUGCACCGAUUCAUUAUCCAUACCGGUAUAUGUAUCCAUAUCAUUACGUGCCUACACCACAAACUGGUGUACAAGCACAACAACCUUUAGUUGCACAGAUUCCAGAGCCUCAACAAGAUGCCGCCGCAAGAAAUCAGCGCCGAGCGGCUACCUUAUGGUUGAUUAGAAUCAUAGCACCUAUACCUAAUAUAGGCAAUGAUAUUUUAGCACAACAACUACCACAAAUGCCGGUACAACAAAAUCCGGGAGGGCUCCCAAUCCCGCAACCGGACCCGAAUAAUCCCAAUACUCCCUCGUCGUCUUCAUCAACUGCUCAUUUACAUCCACCUCCCAUGCAAACUAAUGAUCCAAAUAACAAUGCUGCAAAUUCAUCUACAUCCUCAUCGACCGGGGAGCAACAAAAUAACGGUAAUAACAAUAAUGAUAAUGUUGCAAAUAAUGUUCCACAACCAGCUCAGGAAAACGCGAGGCAAAUUACUCUUCAAGAUGUUGAGCAUGCGUUAUGGACCUUUGUUUCUUCAUUGAUUCCGACGAACACACCUGAUGUCGGACAGCAAGAUGAU